GUCUCGACAAUCAUGGGCUGGUAUGGCCACAAUCAAAGCCAUCGAGGCCAGAUCCGUACAUCAAAUCCAGUCCGGUCAGGUCAUCGUCGAUCUGUGCUCAGUUGUCAAAGAACUGGUUGAAAACAGUUUGGACGCGAGCGCGACUUCCAUCGAAAUACGAUUCAAGAACCAUGGCCUGGAUUCAAUUGAGGUGCAGGAUAAUGGGACCGGAAUCUCUGCUGAAAACUAUGAAAACGUCGCGCUGAAGCAUUUUACUUCCAAACUUUCCAAUUAUGACGACCUUUCCAGUUUGCAGACCUUUGGGUUCCGCGGCGAAGCACUAUCGUCCCUUUGUGCUUUAUCGAAAUUCUCCGUCACAACUGCACAAGCACAGGAGGCACCAAAGGGGAAGCGUCUCGACUUCGAUGGCAUGGGGCGACUCAGCUCAACUACCUUAGUUGCUUGUCAACGGGGCACAACUGCCACUGUUGAGGGGUUAUUUGAGAGUUUACCUGUGCGUCGCAAGGAGCUGACUAAGAAUAUAAAACGUGAAUAUGGCAAGGUGCUUGGCUUACUGCAUGCUUAUGCUUGUAUCUGCGUCAAUGUCAAAUUUACGGUCAAGCAUGCUGUCACAAAGGGUAAGAGCACGAUCGUUUUCUCCACGAAAGCCAACGACAGCACUCGAGAGAACAUUGCGAACGUCUAUGGCGCGAAGACACUUUCGGCUUUGAUGCCGUUGGAUCUGACCCUGGAUUUCGAAUCAAACAUGCCACAUAUGGCUCAUAAUGACACGUCCAGCGGCAAGCUACUUGUCAAAGGCCAUAUCUCGAAGCCUGUUUUCGGAGAGGGAAGGCAAACUCCUGAUCGUCAAAUGUUCUUCGUCAACGGUCGACCAUGCGGAUUGCCGCAAAUUGCCAAAGCCAUCAAUGAAGUAUACAAGUCGUUCAAUGUUUCUCAGUCACCCUUUAUAUUUGCUGAUUUCCAAAUGGAUACGAAUGCCUAUGAUGUCAACGUAUCGCCAGACAAGAGGACUAUACUGCUACACGAUGCGGCAAUUCUGAUUGAAAAUCUGAAAACUGCACUGAACGAAAUGUUCGAAAAGCAAGAUCAAACGGUGCCUCAAUCUCAGCCGCACGCGUCUAGAUUGCCAUCUUUCCGGCAAUUGAACUUUGAACCGCGUCCUUCAUCCACCUCGCUCAGUCCCAAGAUCCAACAAGGGUUUGUGACGGCCAAGUCGAUUCUCCAAGAUGAAGAAGGUCUCGAGGAGGAUACUGAGACUGCUGAUGAAGAUGCACCAAAAUCCUUGAUGCUUGAGCAUUUUCGAAAGUUUACGAGCACCAGAGACGAGAACAGCGAUGAUGGUGAAGGUCGAAGAACAUCUGAAAAGGAAAAAGAACGAAGAGCGAAAGAUUUGGCGAAGAAGCUAGCAGAAGAACAAGGAUUUGAUGAAGAGCAAAUGGACGAUGAAGGGGAAGGAUUCGAACAAGGCAACGACAUCGAUGCAGUCGGGACUACUCAAAUUCAAAACACGGAAGCGUUACAGGAUGACCCUAUCAAGAUUCAUGUACAAGAUUUUAACGCACGAAUGGCUGAACAAAACGUAAAAUCUGGAUGCAAGGAUCAACCAGCCUCGCCCAAGCAUGGGAAAGAAUCGGAGAUCCCAUCACUCAGCCAGCAAUCUCACCAAGAGGAUAAAGGUAUCGUUCUCAAUGCCUUCGAGCGAAUGAGACCUAGGAAGCAGCCUGCAGAGCUUGCCACAGUAACGAUUGGAGAAGAGAAGAUCACAACCAUCGUUGGAUCUCAGUAUCCUAAAUCUCCAACUGGAAACGAAUCGACGAGCGAGGCUAGAACCAAUGUGUCUUCAUCAAGGCACGAGAUGCCUUCACCAGCAAUGUUGAAGUUCUCACAAAAGUUACGCCGCUUUGAUGCAGGGGGUGGUGAUGAUGGAGAAGAAUUAAAUUCGGCUGCCGAGUCAGGCUUCGACCAGAGUAGCUCGGAAGAAAAUACGGACCGAGAGACACCAGAGUCGGAUGAUGCAAUUCAUCAGCUUGUCGAGUCUGAUGAUCUUCAAGAUUCAGGAGAAUCUGCAACUCGAGACGGGCCUGCUGAAGAAGACGACGAUUCCGACUACGUGAAUGAGGAAGAGAAGCAAAAGAUCGAAGAAGCGCGCGUCGUGGAACUCAUUCGAGCCGCUGAGGAAGAUUCGGCGUUGGCCAGUAAGGAAAACAUCAAGCGGGCCGCAAAGGCCCUUUCUGGAGGUCGAAUUAAGGAUUCAACGACAAGCACACUCGCGACAGUUGAAUUUUCGCUAGAUAAUAUAGCUCAAGGCUUGGUGCAACUCGAAAACAUCAGGUCCACGACGGACGCGCUCAGACAUCGCCAAGAACACGGCCAUGUCGCCCAAGACCCGGAAGCACAACUCUCACUUACCGUGUCCAAGGGGGACUUUGCAGAGAUGGACAUUGUUGGGCAAUUCAAUCUCGGUUUCAUCCUUGCGACGAGGAAUGGCGAUGACGGGGAUGAGACCAGGUCAAGAACCAGGAAAGACGAAUUGUUCAUCAUCGACCAACACGCCUCCGAUGAGAAGUACAACUUCGAGAGGCUCCAGGCGGAGACAGUCGUGGGCAAUCAGAGGCUCGUCCAGCCCGCGGUACUUGACUUGACAGCAGUAGAAGAGGAAAUUGUGCUGGAGAAUGUUGACGCUCUCGAGAAAAACGGCUUCCUCGUCGAAGUUGACACAAGUGGUGAGACUGUGGUAGGACGGCGAUGCAAACUCAUCAGCCUUCCGCUGAGCAAGGAGGUUGUCUUCAACACCCGCGACCUAGAAGAGCUCAUCCAAUUGCUAGCAGAGGCUCCAGGUCUUGGGACGGAAAGCAGACACGAUGUUCCCCGGCCCAGCAAAGUCCGGAAGAUGUUUGCGAUGCGAGCAUGUCGGUCCAGCAUCAUGAUCGGUAAAACAUUGUCCAGGAAGCAAAUGGAGAAGGUCGUACAGCACAUGGGUACAAUCGACAAACCUUGGAAUUGCCCUCAUGGUCGACCGACGAUGAGACAUGUUUGCAGUUUGAAUGCUUUUCAGCCAUGGCUGGAGGGAGAUGCGAGUUCAGUGGCGGACGGCAGCACUCUCGCACUUGGUGAGGCGUUACAGAGAUUCGUAUCGGAAUAGUACCUUACAUAUCUGAGUAUACAAUAGAACGAGAAGAGGGAGGCAAUAGAUGGUUACACAGCCUCAGCCUGAUGCUAGUCAAUGAUAAUAUACAACUGUCCUCAUACCUACGAGUAAGGGAUGGC